UUUUUUUUUGCAGAUGCAAACCAACACAAAUGUCUUCUUUUCAAGUCACACUUAUUCUCAAACCAAGUUUGAGCCAGCAUGUUUCAUAGUGGACCUGGUGGGAUUCCAACAGUGUUUCCUGUUGCCACACACAAGAAGACACCAGCACACACAGCGGCUGGUGAACUAAUGGAUUAUGGAGCUCCUUGUUGCACUUUACAUCCCCCAAGGACACCUCCAUGAUCAAACAUACACUGACUGCACUGUCACACAAUCUGUGGGACACAAAUACUGUACUACAUGUACUGUACUACAUGUACUGUACUACAUGUACUGUACUACAUGCCAUUCAGUCAUAUCACGUUUGACAAAUGAUCCUCAACACACUUCUAAUCCCUUCACCGACAAUCACCUUUACUCUGUCUGCUGCAUCUGCUGCUCGUCUCCUCACACACACACUGCAGAAAGGGGAAGAGGCGGAGUAUUUUAACUUCAGUGUUUGAGAAACCUGCCUGUCCGCUCAGAGCCGAGAGGAGGAGCUUGUGGGGCGUGGGGUUACAGACAAAGAAGACAAAUGCACACUAACAGCACAUACGACUGGAGCAAAAACGGACAGCUGGAAUCAAUCUUCAACUCCUCGGACUACUUUUGCCCCCCCUCACUGACAAACUUGUCAAAAAAAGUGGGAGUUGGUGUGAAUCCAUAGGCUUGCUGACAUACGCUGCCUUAACCGUGUGGAAAAGUGUGUGUGUGUUAGCAUGUUUGGGAUGGCAAAGUGGGGCUGGCUCCACCAACAGCUCCGCUCUUAGCUUUUGCGCCAUGGGGGGUUGCCAUAGUUACCCCACGGAGACCAAAGCGGACGGCAAAGCUCCUCCCGACGUCAAAAAUGACAAACUAGGGAUUAACAACAAUAACCUGGAAGAGCGUCCCUACCUCCAGCAGGAGUACGUGUGCCAGCACAUCACUCACUUGGACAUGUGCGCCCUCACGGCGCUGCCGCCUGGCAUGGACAAGGCCGAGUGGCUGGCCAGCAACACUGUGGCAUUUUUCAAACACAUAAACCUGUUCUCCAGCGCGCUGUCCGAGUUCUGCACGCCCAGCACCUGCCCGACCGCCUGUGGACCAGGCGACACAGUUUAUGUUUGGACUGACGACCACGGCAGGAAGCUGAAGUGCUCCGCUCCACUUUACUUUGACUACGCCAUGUCCUACAUUCAGGACCUACUAACUGAUGAAGAUGUGUUCCCUACAAAAGCAGGCUCAGUGUUCCCCACAGGCUUCAUCUUUAUGGUCCAGAAGGUGUUUUUGCUGCUGUUCAGGACGCUGGCCCACAUUUACUGGUCGCACUACCGACAGACGCUGGCACUGGGCCUCCACCCACACCUCAACACACUUUUCACACACCUGGCUCUCUUCUGCCGGCAGCACGCUCUCCUGGAUGCGGAGGACACGGAGCCGCUGCGGGACCUCAUUAAGGCUCUGGGACUGCAAGGAUGAGACAGGAAACAUUUGCCAGGUUACAGCUGGAUACGAAGUUUUGUGAAAUGUUCACCAAUAUCAGGCUUCGGUCGUGUAUAGAUUGUUAUUUUUAAUGACCUUGUCAUAAAUUGUGUAUUUUUUUACCAUGACAAUGCAUAACUAUGUACUGAUACAGACAUUGCUGGUCCUUUUAAGUAUUCUACAUUUGUAUUCAAAACACCCAUAAUCGUCUGGUGGCCACCUCUCAACUGACAUAACUGGUGGUCCAGUAGCAAGUAUUAACUGUGCCAUCAUCUAUAACCCCCAUGACAACAUUAAGACUGCAUGAUUACAAUCUCCUCUCAACUAUUAUAUAUGGAACUACUCAACUUGUGUGUACUCUGUGCCAGAAACUUGUGCCUUGAAAAUAAAAGUGGCAAAAUGUUACAGAUGA